GCAGGAGCAGAGGACAGUACAGGUGAGGUUGCUGAAGAAGAGGGCAAUGAGCAGACAGAGAAGCGAGAAAAGGAUGAGGAGAUUAGGCUCGCCAAGCUUCAAACCCAAGCAGCGAGGAGACGUAGGAUUGUGGAUGAGAUUGUGGCGACAGAGAAAACCUAUGUCGAAGGCUUGAAGGGACUUGUGGAGAUCUACCUUACACCGGCUCUCCAGGUCAUGCCCCCUAGCGACCACAAGGCGGUGUUCUCGAAUGCCCAGGCCAUCUACACCUUCCACGCGAACCACUUCCUUCCUGAAUUGGAGAAGGCACAUCAUCAAGCUAGGACUGGAGAAAAUACCUUGAAGCAGCAGCAGCAGCAGCAGCAGCAGCAGCAGCGGCCUUCUGCCAUGAGCCGUACCAGUUCCCUUCCAGCAAAUAUGAGCAAUAAGCGUCCUUCUACUCCUUCUUCUAUGGCUCCAUCGGCGACUUUACAUUCGAUUUCUGAUGAAGAUCAGACAGAUGAUGUCUCUGCUAUUAAUGGUCAACAGGAUAGUGACACUACUGUAGCUAGUAGCGGCAAUGGCACAGAUGGGAAAAUUGAAUCAUCCAGCGCCACUAUGGAAUCGAUCAAGCUGGCAGGGGAGGACCGUAUCGGAAAGGUGUUUGCAGAUCAUGUGGCGUACAUGAAGAUGUACAGUUUCUACAUCAAUAACUUUGACAAUGCGCUCCGAGUCCUUCAAACACAGCUGACACAGGCCAAGUAUAAGAAGAAGAUGAAGGAGUUUUUGAGACGAUGCGCCAAACAUCCAAACCACACUCAAUUGGGACUCCAGGGCUACUUGCUUCUGCCUGUGCAACGUAUUCCACGCUAUAAAUUGUUGCUGACAGACUUGUUGGAGAACACAUGGCCAGAUCAUGUAGAUUACCAGGAUAUUGCGUCUGCACUAGAGAAGAUUUCGUCGCGUGCAGAUGAGAUGAAUGAGCGGAAGCGGCAGUACGAGAAUCAUGAGAAGGUCCUCUUGAUCCAGAAUCGGAUUAUAGGACAGCAUAAGGCGCCAUUGGUACAACCUCAUCGAAAGGUGGUACGCGAAGGAAUGUUGCAUCUGAUCAGGAUUGUGACCAGGAAUGUGGCAAUGGGGGUUGACAAUAAGGUCGUGCCAGUAAAUGCUCCAAUAGUAACAAGCCGUAGCUUGAGCACUGCAGCAAACUUGGUGGAUCUUCGUCAGACGACAGUAGCAGCAACUGGGGACCACACGAUUCACUACUUGUCGGAAGAAACAGUUGAGAAAUCUUUCUUGUUUAUCCUGUUCAACGACAUCUUGAUUCAGUGUAAUACUAUUGCAGGCAAGAAUGCUGGGGGGUCAGGAUCAAGUGGUCAGAAUGCGAACAAUAGCAACAGUACGAUCAAUCAGAAUGGAGGAGCAACAUCCAUCCAUGGCUCUAGUUCCUCUAUUGUGGGUGCGAACGCCAACGGAACAGGUGCAGCAGCUUCAGGUAGCUCGGAUACAGCAGCCAAGAACUUGGAAUUAUGCAGAAUCCUCCAGCUCGAGUCACGACUUCACCCGGCUGAAGUUAUUGGACAAGAUGUCCUACGUGUGGUGGAUGAUACGAUGGUGCUUUACCUGACUGGUGAUAAGGAUGUUAUUCAAGCAUGGAAGGAUGAUAUUAAUUCGCGUUGGUAGACAGAGACAGCAGCCUUUUAUUUUUUUCUUAAUUUCUUGUAUUUAGUGAAAAUUAUGCACAAAAACUUUUAUAUUUUUUUUUCUAUAUACCAUCAUGUUUUCAA